GGGGGCAUAUCCUAUUCUUGCAAAGUCUGCAAUGUUGUCCUAUUGGAUUGCAUGAAGCGUCGCAUGUCAACAUUUCCACGUGCCUAUCAUUAGCUUCCACCUACAGACACGUCCCCACUUCCCAACUCCAAUAUUUUUCCCAACAUCAUCCUCUCUUUCAAACUCGGAAACUCAAAUUACACACUCACACACAUUAUCUAUGGCUCCUGCCCAAUUCCUCAAUCUUCUUCAAUCCUCUUCACGAUCUUCUUUUGUCAAGCCCUCUAGGCCACUUCUCUAUAACCCCAUUAAGAACUAUGGCCAAACAAGCAAGGGAAAGCAUAGCCGUUUGAUGGAAGAGAGGGCACCUUCUACAGCUGAAGAAUUUGAGAGGGUUGCAGAGGAGAAGGCCAAGCAAUCCCAAAAGGGGGUGCCAAGUCAGACUCUUGGCAAGGCAAUUGAUGGUGCUGAAGAGGCUUCAAUAGGCAACUCGAAUGUUGAAUCAGUUAAGAAUAGGCUCAAGGGGCAUGAAUGAGUGAAUGAAUGAACAUGUGUGUGCAGCCAGAGAAUAAGGGAAUGUCUUGUAUUUCCAAAAAGCUUGUUUAAUUGCCACUGCAGAAAGAGACCAAACAAUUGAAAACCUUUUAGCCUUUGUUUAUUAGUUAAUUAAUGUCGGCUCAUUGGAUCUUGAAAAGUUCUAUGAAUAUAAUAAUAGUAUUCACUAUUCACUCAUCA